GAGUAAGUUCUGACGAAUUUGCUUCUAAGUUCUGUGUUUAUAUAUAGUUUUUUUCAAGUGAUUAUUGGGAAUCUCCACAUAUAAAGGAUAAUCCCGAGAAAUGAACGAGUUGCAAAAAAUGGAGAAUACUAACCCUGGACCCUUAGACGAAAAUCACGCUAAUAACGUUGGUCAGAGCUCAUUUGAAGCACCGGGUACUUCGUCAAAGAGGCAACUUGAUGAUGAUGACGAUAAUAUGCCAUCAAGUUCCAAAAAGUUUAAAUCAUCAAAAGCUUCAUGGAUAUAUAAGGAAUCUAAGAAUGUAGUACCAUUCAACAUCUUUGAUUUGGCAAAUACUUUACCAUUUAGGCUUCCAAUUCAAAGGAAUGCAUUAUGUGAUCGACGGAUGAAUAUUUUUGAAGCAAUUGAAGAUAACGAUUUUAAUUAUAGAAGACUCUAUACACCAUCAAUUGAUGAUAAUUCUUAGACGAAUUUUAUGUAUUAUCUACGAUUUGCAAAAAAUUGUAUUAAUUUGAAUAUCAUUUUAUUUAAUAAAA